GACCUCUCCUUCUCCUCACGGCUCAGUCAGGAUUGAGGCUGAUUAUGGAUGAGCAGGAGUCUCUGCGUUGAGCAAUAGAAUGGAAACCUGUAGAUUAUAAACUGGGAGUAUUGCUGUCUUUCAAGCGUCGUUGGAUUUACAAACUUCAUUUUUGCGCCUCUGCCUUUGGCUCCGUGCCUCCUUGGAUGUUGCGCCACGCUGCACAGCGUUUGCCAGCUGGCAUGCGAGUGAUAGCGUGCAGUUUACAGCAGGCUACGCAGCCAAUAACACAUUGAUCUUCAUCGUAUUUCAGUGGCAGGAACCCAAACUAUUGAACGUCUUCAAUAUGCCGUUCAUCGCGUUUGCCAGAUGAUACCUGUUGAUUUUUCAUCGCGCCAUGUCCUUCUGUGGGACUGAGCUGGACAAUGAAGUUAUGGGAUAGCCUGACCACUUGUUUGAUACUGCUGAGCGCCGUGCAUGCCAGCCGGCUGCUCCGGAGCCGACCGCAGUCCACGUCCACGUCCACGAAGAGUAACGGGCGCGCCCCCGAGAUUCCCCUGGAGCUCCCGCCGGUUCAGAUCCGCCUGUCUGUCACCUCCCCGGGAAUCAGCCGCGCACAGGCGGCUACAGCGGACUGGGAAGAGACGCUGCUGGCUGGAGGAGAACAAUACACGAUGGAGGAACCAUCCCCAAACGAGUUUGAAGACGUGGUGGACUUUAUCAAAGUGACCAUCAGUAGAGUGCGUCGCUCCUCAUCAUCUACCGUGUCCUCAUCUACCUCCUCCACCACCUCAUCCCCCCUUAAAGAAGACUUGAGCAGUCGGGCUCGACACAGAAGGGAGAGGAAGAAGGGGGUGAGCCGGCAGAGUGGAGGACGAAGAGGAAGAGCCAGAGAAGGGGGGGCAGGGAGGAAGGCCAGGGGAGGAGGACAAGGCUGUGUGCUCAAACAGAUCCACCUCAAUGUGACGGACCUCGGUCUGGGCUACCGCUCCAGCGAGGAAAUGUUAUUCAGGUACUGUUCCGGACCCUGCAGGAAGUCCGAGACCAACUACGACAAAAUCCUUUACAACCUGGCUCACAACAAGAGGCUGCCCUCUAAAGACACGCCCCCUCAGGCUUGCUGUAGACCGAUAGCGUUUGACGAUGACCUCUCGUUUCUGGAUGACAACCUCGUUUACCACACCGUGAGGAAGCACUCUGCCAGGAAGUGUGGUUGUGUGUAGGGAGUGUGAGCUAGUGUCAGGUUUUUGUGUAGUUUUACAUUCGCUCCCAAAUUCUGAAGUAUGCUGUUGAGUGUUUUUCUUCUGACUUGUCUCACUGUGAGGAAACUUUCAGGCAUUAUGUGGGACCAUGUAGGACUUGAACC